UCAUUCUCGCUUCGCCCCAAUCUCUGUUCUGUUCUCUCUCUCUCUCUCGUUAUCGCUCAGGAAUAUCUCUGUUUUCGAGCCUUGAAUUCUGUAUUUUGGGGUUUUUGAUCGCUUUGGAGCUCGUUCUGGAUCUGAAAUUUAGGUUUUUGAUUGCUUGGUGGUGUGAUUAUGAGGUUAAAUGGAGAGAUUUCGUGCUGGAAUGAGGAGCAGAGGGAGAACGAGAGUGGUGCUCUUGUUUCCCCUCCGAAGCUCGUUGUUGGGUACGCCUUGACCUCGAAGAAGGUUAAGAGUUUUCUCCAGCCCAAACUUGAAGGAUUGGCUAGGAAGAAAGGGAUUAUGUUUGUUGCAAUUGAUCAAAACAGGCCUCUUUCUGAUCAAGGCCCCUUCGACAUUGUUCUGCAUAAGUUAACAGGAAAAGAGUGGCGUCAAAUUCUUGAGGAUUACUGGGAGAAACAUCCAGAAGUUACUGUGCUUGACCCACCAGGUGCCAUACAACAUUUAAACAACCGGCAAUCAAUGCUUCAGGAUGUGGCUGAUCUAAAUUUGUCAGAUUGCUAUGGUAGAGUUGGUGUUCCUAAGCAACUAGUAAUAACCAAAGACCCAUCAUCAAUCACUCAUGCAGUUGACAGGGCUGGACUAACAUUUCCUAUAGUUGCCAAGCCAUUGGUCGUUGAUGGAAGUGCAAAAUCACAUGAAUUGUCUCUUGCAUUUGAUCAGUAUUCCCUGUCAAUGCUUGAGCCUCCUUUGGUUCUUCAAGAAUUUGUGAAUCAUGGAGGUGUUCUCUUUAAGGUUUAUAUUGUUGGGGAAGCUAUAAAAGUUGUGAGGCGGUUUUCUCUUCCUGAUGUUGAUGAGAGUCAAGUAUUAAACAACGCCGGGGUCUUUCGUUUCCCAAGGGUUUCUUGCGCUGCAGCAUCAGCAGACGAUGCUGAUCUUGACCCUGCUGUUGCUGAGCUUCCUCCACGACCUUUGCUCGAGAGGCUUGCUAAAGAGCUCCGAUGGCGACUGGGCCUCCGGUUGUUUAACAUAGACAUAAUUAGAAAACAUGGUAUCAGAGACCAGUAUUACGUGAUUGAUAUCAACUAUUUUCCAGGCUAUGGCAAAAUGCCAGGGUAUGAGCAAAUUUUCACAGACUUUCUCUUAAGCUUGAUGAAAAGCAAGUACAAACGGCGAUCUAGCAAUAGUUGAAGGAUUUGCCAUUGAAUGCUUUUACCAAUUAACAUGCAGAUAGAUCAUCAAGCUGAUCUUUUUCAGUUCAAAAUCUCUCAACAAGCUCAUGCAAGUCAAUCUCCUUGUACAUAGGUGGGAGGGAAAAUUCACUCACAAAUCUGAAGACUAAAAUGGAUUUCAAGCUUGUAUCCUCAAAGAUGGAAAUGUAUCAUUUCAGCCUUCUCUUUCUUUCUUUGUGUAAGCAAUCUCAUCAGUAACAAGUUCUUCUCUGUAAUACUGUUCUUCUGAUCUUGUUUUCUAGACAAAAUAUUUGGUUGUGCUACUUAAUAACUAUUUAAAGAAUUACUUAUUUGGA